AUUUAUUUUUUACUGUGCAUUUUGCCUUCUCAACAAAACCAAAAAGAUCAUUCAUUGAAUUGUUUCGCUUUUCUUCCGUUUAGAGUUGUACAAAUUUAAUAAAAAAGCACGUUCCAUUGAUUAUUCGGAUAAUCCUGUAGUUCCUCAUUGUGGUGUUCGCUAUAUAUUAGGAGGAACCGGUGUAUUUUUACAAUAUACUUCAUCUCUAUUUCAUUCUAAAUGGAGGAACAACUUUUAAGCGAAUUAGGAAUUGUUGGCUAUGAUGGCCCGUUUCUUGAGCAAACGUACGCUUCGACUGCCAUUGCAGCCGGUGCUCAAAGUCCAGCAUUUCAAGAGUUGGUUAUCUGGUUAACCGACGAAAUUCGCAUUCUUGGAAAGCUGGACGAAAAAAUUUCGAAAAGUGAAGAUGCCAGCACUUUCAUCCUAGAGCUGUCCGGUUUCCUGAAAGAACUUACAUGCCCGUAUGCGAAUCUCAUAUCCGGCCACGUCUCGGAUCGACUGCAAACGUAUGACUCGAAAAUGGUUCUUCUAGAAUAUCUGCUAAACGAACUAAUGGCAUUCAAAAUGAUCGAGUCACUGCAAAAACCAAAAGAGAAAACGAAUGUCAUAACGCUUUUUGAAUCACCGACGGCUGCAGCUCUCAAAGACAUUUCUAUAACCUUGGGGAUGGGUAAACCUCCAAACAAUAUUCCUGCAAAAGUACUUUUCGAAAAGAUCAACGUUCGGCUGAAUGACACAAUAAGAAUUGCAGGUGAAAAACGUUUGAGCUGUCCAUUGUUUGCCCCAAAGAAAAACUUAACAAUGGAGCAGUGGAAUAAACUUGAUCGAUUGCAAAAGGAUUUGGAUACUGAAUAUGAUCUGCGGCGUAAAAUGUUACUUACUAGGUUAGAUGUGACGAUUCAAAGUUUUAAAUGGUCUACUCGAGUAAAAGGAAAGGAAGGUACAAUGUCCGAGCGCUACGCAGAGAAACGAAAACUACUCGAUUCACUACAGACCGGGGGCCGCGACACAGAUCUAGGUGCGCUGCUUGGAGCAAGGGAGACGUUGGCAAUCAUUGAAAAAACUAGUAGCGCGGCCGUGCGCAAGAACACCAAGAGUAAAAUUCAACGGCAUAUUAUUGGUCGAGUGCCGGAUCGCGGUGGACGAGCCUACGAGCACAAUCCACCACCGCUGGAAAUGCCGUCAUGGCAAACGCAGAGAAGCACCGGAGGGCCUGGGGGCGGUGGACAACGUGGAGGUUUUUCCGGUGGAAGAGGUGGUCAACAAAAUCGUGGAGGCGGAGGAUAUCAACAGCAAGGUAAUUAUAGUCAAGGAAGUUAUAAUCAGGGACAGGGUGGAUUCAACCAGGGAGGUAGUGGGGGUGGUAGUUACCAACAAAAUCAAAACCGCGGAGGUGGAGGUGGUGGAUAUAGCGGUAAUAGUCGUGUCCAGGGCGGUUGGUCGCAACCUCAAAAAGAUUACAACCAGAGUUACAGCAGCAACAGUAGCGUAAGCGGGUAUAGCACCGGAUCGGGUCGCGGGUUUACGAGCAGCGAUCAGUACAGUAACAGUUCUGGCGGUUCAGGCUACCGUGGUGGUAGUAGCAGUGGUGGUGGACAUGGAGGUCAAGGUGAUCAACAGUAUAGUCGAAAUAAUAGUUACGACGGUAACAGCGAUCGUGGCUUCGAUAAUGAUUACAAUCGUGGUGGUGGGCGCGGUGGGAAUAAUGGAGGCGGUGGCCGAUCCAACUACAAUCGAGGUGGACGUCGUUGAGCUAAAAUGACACCUACUUAGGCAACUAUUACGUUCAUACGAAAGCAACUGUCUUUUUCUCGAAAGAUGCCCUAAGUUAAAUAAUACAAUUCGAAUCAUGAUAACAGAUAAGUUUAUUUACCACGCAGAAGUUGAAGCGAAACUUUGAAAUACUAUCAUAAAUAUACUCGUUCUGAAACAAAUUGCAUGUUUUAACAUUGUAUAAUAGUGUAUUACGAUAAUAAAACAUUCAUAACACAAAGUUA